UUGAAACGGCCGUAUUUUGCGCCACUCACUUUCAGUAUGUUUUCGGAGGAAAUUAGCACUCGGAAUUUUUGUUAUUCUUUUCAUCAUAAGCUCGGGAGUGAUUUGUGUGGUCGUUAGGUAUAAUAAAAUUAAUUUCAAAUAAUGACAAAUUUUCAAGACACAUUCUUUUACAUAUUUCAAAAAUUGAAAAUUAUAGAAUUAUGCAAAGGAAAUUAAAGUUGUCAUAUUUCGGGCUAUUUUAUGUAUCUCUGCGGAUUUCACGACAUGCUCAUGAAAAAGCUAAUUCAAAAACUAAUUCAAAAUACGAGCGCAUAGGGAGGAAAAUAUACAAUUGAAUUGUUGCUUUGACGUGGCCAGAAUUUGCAGAACAUAGAUUUUAACGAUAGAUUGUCCGAUUUCCACCUGUGAUAGUUGCAAAUAUUACGAUGACAGACUCUUUCUGUUUCUGCGUAUCUUUGAGGACUGCAUCUCUUGUCAUAGCAUGGUACUACUUGAUAGCUGGAAUCAUUGGGAUACUUCCUAUGGUGCCCACAUUGUAUGAAUAUAUUACAUCAAUAUCUACCACUGGCAACACAGGUGAAAUAAUUACACGUCUCAUGGUUGUACAGUAUUACUUUUUAUUGCUACUGAUGGUUAUUUCCUGCGUGUUUCUCAUCAAUGGCAUUUAUAAGAAUAAACCAAAUCACACGCGAUUGUUCGUGAUUUCUGGUAACCUACUCCUGAGACAUGAACUAUUUGUAACUACGCUGCUCGCAUUCACUCCUUUGAGAAAAGACGCUGAGAUUGCGUUACGGCCGAUGUCGGAAGCUCAUAUUAUGGUGCUUACGAAUCCGUACCUAAAAUUAAUUAAUCUUGUUGUAGCAGCGUACCUAAUUCUGACCGUGCAUAGCUACUACACGAAAGCACAGCAAAAAGACCGCCACGGUUCAGGCAGCAAUGUCAUCUGAGGAGAAUUCACCGCUAUGGCUUCAAACUUAUUUUUUUCGCUUCAAUUUGAGGGCUUGAGGGCAAUUGAGCUUUCAUUUUUUGCUUAAUUAUUGUGUGUUGAAUUUAAUCCCCCUCGUGCACUUGCCUCAACAUACUCUCAGCAAACUCUUUUACUGGACCAACAUACAAUUUCCAGAGAGUAGGCACUGUUGUAAAAGCCCAAAACGAAUUAGGUGCUCUGACGUUCCUAAGCACUUGAAUGUGUUAGGAACGAGCAUGGAGAAAAAUAAAAGAAGCUUUGAAUCUUCAUUCCACAUGAUGUAUUGGAGUACAGAGAACGUGUCGUCUACAAGUACAGAAGUGAGGCAAAACCGUUGUCCGCCAACUGACCUGGCGUAGAGUAUUUGCACGGUAGCACGGUUAUUCCUAUUUCUUUGAUAAAAUAAAGUUUUACCGCUUUUUGAAUGGUCUACAAGUUUUAAGUUAUCGUGAUGCUCUUAUGGUUGUAAAUAAACGAACGCUCUGAUCGGUUAAUAAACUUCAAAAAUGUAUGUCAACCCUUUCUCGAGAAAUUACUCUAGUUUCACUGUUACCAACCCUCUCUCUGGAUCAACCUAACUAAGAGUAUUCUUCGAUUUAUCAUGUUAAUGUGACGUAAAAUUAGGGCUAAAGGUCGGCCCUCAUUAGAUAAUUAAAUUCUUCAUCAGAUAUUUAAUGAUUAUUUCAUUAUUUCCUCCCAAAGAGAAUUCAAUGGUUAUGCGUGGAAUCACAAUUCGGCUUAUUUACUCAUGGCCGUAAGCGAACCUUAUCAGCCUAUUUUUCACGACCAAUGAAACACCGGCACACAAAUGGCCAUACUCCGUCUAGAAAGUGCUCUAAUCUGGCGUGCAAACCCUGUAUCUUACAUUAUACAUGUUUCUUUCCGACAGAGGGUAUGCAGGAGAACUAGAGAAUUUUGACACUUCCAGCUUUUACGAUGGAUGCGUUGCAGGGAAACUACCCUUAAUAAGUUAGGCACUGUUGGUUUGUUACAUCAUUUGAAAAAAUGAAAAAUAAACAUUUACUGAUUUUUGUAUACUUAGUAUGCGUUUAGAAUGUGCGUAUUCUUAAUUUAUGUUCUUACUUUAUAAUGAAACAAUGGUAAAUUUAGUCUCUCUGAAACAAGCUAUAAAAAAAGUAUAUUUUAUAUAAAAUGGGA